AUGGAGACCAAGAAAGUCGCCCUGGUGGUUGGCGCGUCCCGAGGCAUUGGCCGCCAGAUCGCCAUCGACCUGGCGAGGAAUGGAUAUGCCGUGGUGGUCGCGGCAAAGACAACGAGCGAUGCCUCCACCACCAACCCGUUCCCGCCCGAUCCCAACUCGCCCGAGUCGACCAUCAACACGGUCGAGCGGGAGAUCCGCGAGGCCGGGGGCACGGCGACGGCCGUCCCCGUCGACACGCGCGACUUUGAGAGCGUGCAGCCCUUGGUCGGCAGGACGGUCGAGAUAUACAAGCGUCUCGACGUCGUCGUCUACAACUCGGGCGCAAUAUGGUGGGCCUCGGUUGAGGACACCCCAAUGAAGCGCUUCCAGCUCAUGCAGCGCGUCAACCCAGAAGGGCUAUACGGCACAAUCCAGGCGAGUCUCCCGCACCUCAAGAGGAGCCUCCGGGGCUCUGGGCGCAUCAUCGUCGUCAGCCCGCCGAUAUACAGCCGCUUCUUCCGCGGCAAGACGGCCUACGCGAUGGGCAAGGUCGGGAUGAGCGUGCUGACCAAGGGCCUGGCAAUGGACUUUGAGCGCCAGGGAGUGGCGGACAAGAUGGCCAUCACCAGUAUCUGGCCGGCCGUGGCCAUAGAGUCAGGUGCCACCCGCGCAAUGCUCCUCAAAAAUCCAGACGAGGCGAAAGACUUGCGCAGGUCCACAAUCUUCUCCGACGCCAUCCUUGCCAUGCUCCGUUGUCCCGCGGCAAAGAUCAACGGCAGGCUCGAGCUGGACGAGGAUUUCCUGCGCACUCCCGAGGGCGGCAAUGUGGUGGAUUUCCAAAAGUAUGCGCUCGUGCCGAGUUCCGCUUCUGGUGCCAGCGGCGACAAGUGGGAGCCCCCACGAAGAAUCAUGCCCAAGGUUCUCCCGGAUCUGAGUGUAGCGGAGCAGGAUGAUGAAGGGAAGAGAAUGAAUAGUGCUGCUGCCGGGAAGGAAAGGGCCAAAAUCUGA